AGAAGAUAAAGGCAUGAGAAAAGAGACUUCCAUUCAGAUUGCACAAAUUCUUUUCCUCAAUUUUCAAACUUCAAACCUCAAACUUCCAACUUCAAUGGCAGACUACGACGACCACCGUCAACCCCAAUCCGCCCCUCCCGGUUACCUCCACCGUCUACUAGACCCUCCUCCACCAGACUCACCAGCCGGCAGCACCGGCGGCCCUAUCCGCCGUUCUCGGGGCCGCCCACCAGGCGCCAAAAACAAACCCAAACCACCAGUCGUCAUCACCCAUGAAACCCCCAAUUCUCUCCGGUCACACAUCCUCGAAAUCUCCUCCGGCGCCGAUGUUAUCGAAAGCCUCAAUGUUUACGCUCGCCGGAGAGGAAGAGGGGUGUCUGUUUUGAGUGGUACAGGUGUCGUCGCUGACGUCACGUUGCGUCAGCCGGCGGAUUGUUCGAAAGCGGUGACGCUUCAUGGGCGGUUUGAGAUAUUAACACUUUCCGGCACGGUGUUGCCGCCUCCGGCGCCGGAGAGUGCGAGUGGGUUGUCGGUGUUUUUGAGUGGAGGGGAGGGGCAAGUGGUUGGAGGGGUUUUGGUGGGGCAGUUGAUUGCGUCCAGUCCGGUGGUUGUUGUGGCGGCGUCCUUUGCGAAUGCGGUGUUUGAGAGGUUGCCGGUGGAGGAUGAGGAUGAGGAGGAGGAAGGUGGUGGUGGUGGUGGUAGUGGGCAGGUUCAGCCGACAGCAUCUCAGGGUUCGGGUGUGACAAGUGGCGGUGGCGGUGGCGGUGGCGGAGGGGUUUCGGGGUUUAAUGUGGCGGAUGGGAGUAAUGUCGGUUCGGAUUAUCCGUUUUCGGGGGAUGUAAUGGGGUGGGGACCGAAUUCGAGAAGUCAUUACUAACGGGUUGUGUUAAACGUACCCUUCUCGUAAAAAAAACUAUUGAAUGUACCUUUACUUCCUCAUGUAAGAUGAUUAUUAUCUUUAGUUUUACUCGGGGUAUUUAGGGUACGUUUAGCUCCUGUCUUACUAAUAUUGUAACGAAAUGAAGGAAAAAAAUGAAAUUUUGCGAUUUGAUAUUAAUUAACUUAC